AGAUCUCGUACUCUCGAGUCUCUCGAGGCUGCUCGAGGCUCGCCGAGGGAAGGGGGGAAUCUCAGCCUUGGCUUUUAGCGACUCCGCGGAAAAACGUCCGUGACAGCCCACGCGACGUGGGUAUCACAUAUACGUACGCACACACAUACACACGCGCGCGCGUACGUAUACGUUCUCGUUUUGAAGACGAAGACGACGACGGCGGCUACGCUACUCCCCAUUAUCGGCGCGCCGUCAGUCACAACACGCUUUCGCGCGAGAUGAGCAUUUAAUCGCGCGUGCGGCGCCAGCGCGAGAGGCUCACGCAUACAGAGGCUCUGAUAAAUCCGAGGCGAGAGGGAAGAUGUCGAAAGCCCCUGACAGACAGAGCUACGCGCAAACUUACAAGCUCGUCGUCGUCGGUGGUGGUGGUGUCGGGAAAUCGGCGAUCACGAUACAAUUCAUUCAAAGUUUUUUUGUGACCGAUUAUGAUCCAACAAUCGAAGAUUCUUAUACAAAGCAGUGCGUUAUUGACGAUGUGCCAGCUAAGCUCGAUAUAUUGGACACUGCUGGGCAAGAAGAAUUUAGCGCAAUGCGCGAACAAUACAUGAGAAGCGGCGAAGGAUUCCUUCUCGUAUUCGCGGUCACCGAUCACUCGUCUUUCGACGAAAUAUUAAAAUUUCAUAGGCAAAUACUUCGGGUGAAAGAUCGAGACGAGUUUCCUAUGCUAAUGGUCGGGAACAAGGCAGAUUUGGAUCAUCAAAGAAGCGUAUCAAUUGAAGAGGCACAAAGUAUAGCGCGUCAGUUGAAAAUUCCAUAUAUUGAAUGCAGUGCUAAGUUACGAAUGAAUGUUGAUCAAGCUUUCCAUGAAUUGGUGCGAAUCGUCAGAAAGUUUCAAUUAUCAGAGCGGCCGCCACUGAAACCAAAUUACAAGAAGAAUAAGAAGAAAUGUUGCAUGCUGUAAUAAAAAAAACUAUUUAUCUUGACAAAUGAUUUCUAUGAUACUAAUUGGAUCGGUGAGUUCUAAUUCCAGUUAGAAAGUAUGGUAAAUUCGAAAUGGCAGAGAGAUAUGAUUCUUAAUAAUGUACUUUCUCAAAAAUUUUUUAUACUUUUUACACAUGAUUAAUUAGAAUCAUGCGACAUAUAAAUUAUAUUAAAACAAUACAUUGACUAAUACAUGUGAAAAAAUUUAAGUAGG